AUGCGCUUAACCUAUCUUCCACCUGACUUGAAGAACAAACUGUCGCCAUCGUUCCUACGAGGCAUUUCUGAAGCUUGCAAACAACGUCUUCAUCUUCAUCAGGUUGAAGUUCUAGCUGUAAAUUCUGAAUUUGGUGGGUAUGAUCAGGAUCCAGAUACUCCUGGGCCGGUGGAAGUGCAUAACUUGUCUGCUGUUCAUGAUGCACUGACUGUUGGUGAUCAUUAUGCCUUUGAGAAUGGUUGCUACAAUGGUAAUAUGGACAAAGAACAUACUAAACCACAAUUUAAUUCUGUCCAUGAUGCCACAUUUAUGGAGUACAAAUCUGCUGUUAGGACUAUUGGAAGACCUGAUGGUUUGGAUAGGGUGGAAGAUAUGCGUCAUGGUGUCAUGCACUCAAGGGAUAGAAUUGAUGGUGAAUGUGCAGAAUCUCCUAGCUGCUCCGAUGUCACCUUUGAUUUGGAAGACCCUACUCGAAGAACAUGUUCAAGUAGUACUUGUGCACCCACGUCAGACGGCUAUUUGGAGAAUGAUCAAGCAUCACAUAAGUUGGAACUUGGCAGUGAUACUGAAACCAUCAAUAAUGUGGAAGAUGGACCAACAGUUGUUGAUGGUGAAGUGCAAGCUUGUCAGGAACCAACCGAAUCUGAAAACCUUAAAAGGCCUGGUUCUCAUGAAAAUGUCUCGACUAUUCAACUUAUUGGAUCUGAGAAAUUGGUUUCUGCAGAGCAAAACUUGGUCGAUCUGUCGAGAAGGGAGGACUUCCAUCCUUCUGGAGCUUUCAUUGAGGUGCAAGGUCAGAACCUUCUUUAUGUGAUGAUCAGUUGGAAAAUUCAAAUAAUUGUGAUGUGUCGGAUUUGCCUUCACCUGAAAAAUUACUCUCUGCACUGGAAGGGCCUAUUGAUAAACCAAGUGAUUUUACUCGGCGAGUUUACCCUAGACAAAGAGGUUCCAGAAGGGAAUGAUGAAGUCAAUGCUGGAACCAAAUUCAUUUCAGGCAAAAAGCGAAGUAUAUCUGAAAGUACAAUAACUGCAGAGAGUAUACACUCGGUUGAAUCAUUUAGAAGGCCUCGAUUCAGAACUGCAGAAUCAAUUACUGAUGACGAUGAAUUGUUGUCUUCUAUUUUAGUUGGAAGAUCUUCAGUUUUCAAAAUGAAACCAACUCCUCCCCUUAAAGUAGCAUCAUUGAAACGCCCACGAUCUGCACCAAGACCUAGUGCCACCAAGAGAAAAGUGCUUAUGGAUUAUACUAUGGUCUUACAUGGAGAUACGAUACGUCAGCAGUUGGUUAAUACUGAAGACAUACGUCGUAUACGUAAGAAAGCACCUUGCACUCUUCCUGAAAUUUCGUUGAUUCAGAGACAAUUCUUGGAAGAUGAAAUAUUUAGCGAACCUGUAUUUACUGGUGAAAUCUAA